UCCCCUGGACCACUCCAUCCUGGAGCUGCUAGGAAGGCUGUGGGGUCGCCGGGCCGAGCCGCGCGAGGGACACGGUCUCCGCCGUGCCCUGUGUCGGUUGAGAAGGGGCCGCCCUGGCAGGGUGGCACGCUAGCCGCGGCGCGGGGCGCCGGCCAGAAGGGGUGCAUUGUCGUCCUGUCCUGCUGCUGAAUGUCGGUCCCAGAGGAUGAGAAGAGGCUUUUGCCGCUCGCCCAGAGAUGGCCCCGAGCGAGCAAGUUCCUACUGUCCGGCUGCGCGGCCACGGUGGCCGAGCUAGCAACCUUUCCCCUUGAUCUCACAAAAACUCGACUCCAGAUGCAAGGAGAAGCUGCCCUGGCUCGAUUGGGAGAAAGCACAAGAGAAUCAACUCCCUAUAGGGGCAUGGUGCGUACAGCCCGAGGGAUUGUCCAGGAGGAAGGCUUUCUAAAGCUUUGGCGAGGAGUGACACCCGCCAUUUACAGACACGUAGUGUACUCUGGAGGUAGAAUGGUCACAUAUGAAUAUCUCCGUGAAGUUGUGUUUCUCAAAAGUGAAGAUAAGCAGUAUCCCCUUUGGAAAUCAGUGCUUGGAGGGAUGAUAGCUGGUGUGGUUGGCCAGUUUUUGGCCAACCCAACAGACCUAGUGAAGGUUCAGAUGCAGAUGGAAGGCAAAAGGAAACUCGAAGGAAAACCACCACGAUUCCGUGGUGUGCAUCAUGCAUUUGCAAAAAUCUUAGCUGAAGGAGGAAUACGUGGGCUUUGGGCAGGCUGGGUACCCAAUAUACAAAGAGCAGCGCUGGUGAAUAUGGGAGAUUUAACCACUUAUGAUACAGUGAAACACUACUUGGUAUUGAAUACAGCACUUGAGGACAAUAUUAUGACUCACAGUUUAUCUAGUUUAUGUUCCGGACUGGUAGCUUCUAUUCUGGGAACACCAGCUGAUGUCAUCAAAAGCCGAAUAAUGAAUCAACCACGAGAUAAGCAAGGAAGGGGACUUUUGUAUAAAUCAUCCACCGACUGCUUGAUUCAGGCUGUUCAAGGAGAAGGAUUCAUGAGUCUGUAUAAAGGGUUUCUAACAUCUUGGCUGCGAAUGACCCCUUGGUCACUGGUGUUCUGGCUUACUUAUGAAAAGAUCAGAGAGAUGAGUGGAGUCAGUCCAUUUUAAGCCCUUAAAGGUACAGUGUUCAGUAUCAUUGACAUAUGGGCAUCUGCAACACAUUAUCCCCCUAUAUUUCUACCUCUUUAGGAAGACACCUUACUCUUCAGAGACUGGUUUAUAGGGGGCAGCUCUUUAUUUUUCUCUGGAAACUCGAGUUCUCGUUGACUCCUCUUUGUUCAGAAGCAGUCUGGUUGGAUCACACAGGCCACCCAGUGAGACCCAGCAGAGCCUUUUCUAAAGAAGAAUGCAAUCCUGACCACUGACCUUGGGAGCUCUGACCUGUGAGUGUUGUUCUGUGCUGAAGAGCCUGCUUAGAGGACAAGUGCCAGAGGGAGACAGCACCCAGACUGAAGUAGACAGUAGCAGUGGGGAAGAAUACACACCUACAUAGCGAUGAAGACAUACUUAACCUGUCACGUCAGUAUUUCCAGUAGAAGUCUGAUCAUUCACUUUUCUGUUGUUCAAGUGUACAUACUGUAAAUUAAAGAGAGGUGAAUGAAUAUUCAUGAGUAAACACUUUGAAUUUCCCUAGUGUUGAGGGAAGCUAAUGUACCUUUUCUUGCCAGGAAGAUGAAAAAAGAUCAAGCUGGUAUGAUGUUUGGAUUUGAAGGAAAGAAGCUGCUUUCUGUCAGUGCCCGUGGUAGGUUAGACCCGCGUUAACUGGUCAGCACUCCACACACGUGCUGAGGACUUCCUGACAGCCACAGACUGAAUCUUGAUGAAAACAGAGUAUUUUGUUGCAUAUCCUGUUACAACUUGAAUUUGUUGCUAGCUCUUAAGAAACUUCAAAAUAUUAAAAGUCCAAUUUAUUUGAUUAAAGAGCAGGUGGAUGGAUCUUUUUUGUAAAAGCAAGUUGUUAUCAUAAGCCUUUUGGUGGCAUUUUAAAGCAAGGCUGAGGGUAAGUCAGCCAGUUCUGACAUGCACCCUUUCUUGUCUCCCCUUCCCUAACACUAAGGGCCCCAGAACGACAGAGUGAGAACUCAGAAACCAUACUGACGCUGUCAGCCUGAAUCUCACUCAGUUUGAUAAAGCUUCCUGCCGAAAAGGGAUGAGUAUAAAAUACCUAUGAUAUAGUUACUCAUUCCUCCAAUCCCUGAAUCACAUCCAUUUUCUAAUUUUAGAAAGAUGAGAGAGUUCUUCAGAGUCACCCACACACCACCUGCUUCCCCAGCACCAGACAGUGGGCAUGCCUGCAUGGAUGGCUACAGUUAUGGGUAGGGGCUGUAACUGUCAAAACAGGAAAACUCACAAAGCUCAGACCCGAGAAAGACCAUGAGGCUGACCAGACAGUUAUGGACAUGGAUGCUGUUGAACAAAAAGUUUACAAGUGCUCUGUGGUUGCACUAAUGCAUAAUCACUGCCAUUGAAGAGGGGAAAUGUACUAUAAAAUGUCAUUGAAUGUGAUGUACUGAUUUGCUUACUGUUUCUCUGUACAGUGUGCAUGUAAUCUUCAGGCGGUGUCGUGUCCCGCUGCAUUUGUCGAUCUGUAUGA